AUGGUCCGUCCCCCGAGUACCGACCACGGGGACAUGCAGAAUAUGCGAUGGAGCUUUGCCGACUCUCAUAUCAGGAUCGAGGAAGGUGGAUGGACCCGCCAAACUACAUCCCGUGAGAUGGCGGCCAGUUCGGAGAUUGCUGGUGUCAAUAUGAGGCUCGAUAAAGGUGUCAUCCGUGAGCUUCACUGGCACACACAGGCUGAAUGGGCCUAUGUUCUUGACGGCGAAGUCCGCGUCACAGCCCUGGACUACGAUGGAGGAAACUACAUCCAGGACCUAAAGAAGGGUGACCUGUGGUACUUCCCAACAGGUGUUCCCCAUUCCCUCCAGGGUCUCGGAGAGAACGGCACGGAGUUCUUGCUCAUCUUCGACAGCGGCGAAUUCUCCGAGGAAUCUACAUUUCUCUUGACUGAGUGGCUUGCUCAUACUCCCAAGUCUGUCAUCUCCAAGAACUUCCAUCUUGCCCCUGAAGUUUUUGAUCACCUCCCGAAGGAGCAAAAGUACAUUUUCCAAGGAACGUACCCCGACACCAUCGAUAAGGAACGCCCUUCUGGAAGUGAUGCCAAGAUCUCCGACGUCGAGUUCACUCAUCGCUUCCUCGAGCAGGAGCCGCUCAACACCACCGGGGGAACUGUCCGCAUCGCCGAUUCUACCAACUUCCCCAUCUCCAAAACGAUUGCUGCUGCCCAUGUCACCAUCGACGUCGGUGCUCUCCGCGAAAUGCAUUGGCACCCUGUUGCUGACGAGUGGUCUUUUUUCAUCAGCGGCCGCGCUCGCGUCACUAUCUUCGCCUCGGAAGGUAACGCCAGGACGUUUGACUACGGCCCCGGCGAUGUUGGUAUCGUUCCCAAGAAUAACGGACAUUUUAUCGAGAAUAUUGGUGAUGAGCCCAUUGAAAUGCUUGAGAUCUUCCGGGCUGAAAAGUUCCAGGACUUUUCACUUUUCCAGUGGCUAGGCGAAACACCGAAGAAGAUGGUCGUUGAUCACCUGUUUGCGGAUGACCCGGACAACGGAGAGAAGUUUUGGAACUCGGUCCAGAGCGCCCACAAGGAUCCAGUUACGAAGCCUUAA